GGAAAAAAAAAGAGAAGCAAAUGAUACCAAGGCAAGCGCCUGACAGGGACCUCAUCACCAGAUGUGUAUGGAUGAAAAUACAGUGAGAUGAGUCAGAAAACGGGCAAGGAGGGUCCCAGGCUCUCCAAGAACCAGAAGUUUUCCGAGCACUUCAGCAUCCACUGCUGCCCGCCCUUCACCUUCCUCAACUCCAAACGGGAGAUCGUGGACCGGAAGUACAGCAUCUGCAAGAGCGGCUGCUUCUACCAGAGGAAGGAGGAGGACUGGAUCUGCUGCGCCUGCCAGAAGACCAGAACCAGGCGCCGUCCAACGUCCCCUCAGAGGCCCAAGCACCAGCCAGCUGCACCCCCCGCGGUGGUCAGAGCACCGGCCAAGCCACGGUCCCCUCCGAGGUCUGAGCCACGGUCCCCUCCGAGGUCUGAGCGUCAGCCACGACCCCGCCCAGAGGUCCGACCACCACCAGCCAAGCAGCGCCCCCCUCAGAAGUCCAAGCAGCAGCCGCGCAGCAGCCCCCAGAGAGGGCCAGGCACCAGCCGUGGGGGGUCCCCCGUCAAAGCUUCUAGGUUCUGGUAACACCAACUCUUCCCUUUCGUUCCCCCAGCCCUAAGAUUGAAAAGGAGGAUCAAGCCAACCCCACGGAAGAAGUAACCGAGGAGGAGUUUCAACUGAGUGGAUGGCCUCAGCUCCUGGACCCCCUGCUUCCUGACCCCUGCGCCCUUGGGCGAGCUGUCCGGUUUCCAACAUGGUGCAGAGGCAGAUGCCCGCUGAUGCCCAAGGUCUCCACGGCAUGGGGGCCGCCGGGCAGCCUGCCUGGAGCAUUUUGAAGAUAUCAUCCUGUUAUCUUCUGACCUCUGUAAUUGUCAGUGAGAAAUCCGCUGUCAUUCUACUUGCCUUCCAUUGACUCAAGUUUCUUCAGAAUGAAGACGUAUAUCUUUCUUCAGGGAUAUGCAAAAAAGAUAUUGUACAACCAUCGUAAUGGCAA